CGAGGAGUCACGAAGACUGGGUGCCUGCCGCCGCCAAGAAGUUCGGCUUCAAGACCCUCCAUGGCGGUGCGCCCCCCCUGUUUCCGGUAGUGAAGAGAGAGCCGUUUGUCAAGACGGACCCAGGGAAGGAAGUCGUCAGAGCACCUUUCGGAGCAUUCAACCACGUGGCCGGAGUGUCCGCGGUCGCGGCCAGUCAGGGACCGAAGGAUGGGGAGCUUGCACUCGCCAACGGGGCCGGGGGGCUCCUGGGCGGGGCCGUCAAGCACGAAUGGCCGAAAGUUGUGCCAGGGGGGGCUGACGCCAACCAAUCUGCUGGGCAGCCGCUGGGCGCUUUGCCCUCCGCGCACCAUACGGAGAAUCUGCCACAUCACUCCUCCACUGUUGCAGUGCCCAAGCAGGAGCCUGAAUUGGGCCCAGCGGCCGGAGCUCAUUUGGGCGGUGCGAUCAAGGCCGAAAAUGUGCCUCCCUUAGCACCGAAGGCUGAACCUGGGGAGCCAACGGGCGCCCCGACCACAGAGUGUCUCCAGGGGACGCUGAAACCACCCAAGCACCCCUCAACCAGCCCGGCGUUGGUGGAGUUGGGAACGUUAAGGCUGCCCUUCAAGAUUUCUGGUGAACUCUCAAUCGAACACAUGGCAAGAAAGGUUUGGUAUGCGGACGGAACCAAAAUCCAAUCAUAUGGGGAUAUGUUGGCAAGGCACAGUGGCAAGCUCACAGUUUGGCACCUGCUGAGAGAAAAGCAGCUGGAACUGCUGCCCCUGCCAAGCCCACCUGAGUUUCGAAUCGAUGUGCCAGCAGAUGUUGCAGUGAAGGUGACUGUGGUGUACGCUGAUGGCCGGACACCUGCUGUCUCCUAUGGCGUGAAAGUGCCGCUCAAGAGUACUGCAGCUGAAGUGGCAUGGGCGCUACAACAGCAGCAUGACACUGGACUGAGAGCGGACGAAACCCUUUGGCUGUAUAGUGUGAGUUCAGGCUGCCUAUUCAGCGAUUCAUCGAUGGAGCUGCAUUUGGAGCAAACAGGUGCCAGCCCGGGUUUUAUUGCUUUCCAAGUGCCGGUGGAUGAAGCCAAGGGGUAUGUGUUGGUUCGUCAUGAAAACCCAAACGUUAGAAAGGAGGAUGGCGCGCUUGAGUGUGGUGAUGCAUUCUUUGGCACUCCAUUCCUCCUUCCACUGGAGAAGAGCGUUCUCAACGGAGGCAAGCAGGCCUGUGAAUUGAUCCGCAGGGCUGCACGACGUGCAUUGAAGCCUUAUGCAUCCGGCCACUCUCUGAACGACGUGAAGAUGAUCUUCAAGGGCUGUAACUCCAAAUCCAAACUGUUUCCCCAUUACCGAGAUGGACAUGAAACGUUGUGCAAGUUGGCCAAAGUGCCGGAGCCCAUUGCCACAAAUCAGGGGGAUACAAUUGGAUGCGAAGUCAAUUAUGCAACAAUGAUAUGGGAUCCGAGGAAUGUUGGGAUGGACUUCAAGUUGAAACUGUUCAAUUGCCCUUAUCAACACCACAGUUUGGCGGCUGUGGACGACACAGCCCUCAGAGCAGCUUGGAGGGACACGAAAAAAAAUGAUGACCUGCAACACCAAUUGGCGUGUUUACCAAUGUUGGCACUGGAGGAACUGACCCGCGCCGGCCUCUGCAGUGUCACUGUCAAAGAUGGUGAAAGGCGCAAUGUCCCUCCACUUGUUUACAUGUACCCUACCAUGGAAGUACAGUCUGCAGUCCAUGGGACAUUCAACAUAAAGGUUUAUAUUUGGCGGCAUGACAGAUCGCGUACCCUGUUCGCAAAAGGCACUGGCCUGGGAAAUGGCCACUUCAAGCUCCGAAAUACCCUCAAGGCAAUGCUCCUCAGUGUGCCCUCUGCAGCAGCAAUGUACCGCAGCCUGUUCGACUGGGAGGAAAACUGGCAUGACUGGCAUCGCUCCGUGAUUCAUAGCGACUCUCCUGCCCCAAUCCCAAGGUUGCUGGAACAAGUGGAGGCCGGGCCAAGGGAGGAGGUGGCACAACCCCCAGGCCUGGCCCUGCAGAUGCUGCCAUAUCAGAGACAGUCUCUCAAGUUUCUGAUAGACUGUGAGCAGCGAAGGGGAGGGUCCAGGGACUGGUUAUGGGUGCGCGUACAAGGCACCACCUGGUACUCACCGGUAUUCAACCUGCUUUUGCAUAAAAGCCCGCAUCGGUCCAGUGGAGGGUUUCUAGCCGAGGAAAUGGGACUUGGAAAGACGGUGGAAGUGCUGGCAUUGGUUCUGUCGAAUCCACUUGCCAGUGGUCUGCACCUGCCUCUACCCACACCACCUGCACUAUUCCGUUCACGUGGGACUGUUGUGAUCUGUCCAGUGUCCCUUGUGGGCCAGUGGCAUGACGAGAUUAUGGAGAAACUUUCUGGGACCUUGAAGGUAUACAUGUACCAUGGGGACCGCACAAGGCAACCAGAGAGGCUGGCGCAUUAUGACAUUGUGAUCACGACUUAUGAGACACUAGCGAGCGACUUUACCAACAACUGCAGAGCACUUUUGAGUGUUCACUGGCAUCGCCUCAUACUUGACGAAGGUCACAAUGUGAAGGACAUACACACAGGCAAGGCAAAGGCAUGCCAGGCCUUGAUCGCAACGCACAGAUGGGUGUGCACUGGGACGCCCAUCAACACACACACCAACGACCUAGCGGGUCAGUUUCAGGCGCUGCACAUGUUCCCGCUCGACAACUCAACGUGCUUCAAUGGUAACUUCAAGUGGGCCGACUGCUUGGCACGCCAGGGUACAAGUGACAUUGCCAAAUUGUCAUACGUGCUGUCAAAGUGCAUGGUGCGGCACACAAAGAAGCAGAUGUUUGGUGGCCGAAGCAUAUUGCAACUUCCUGAGAAGAAGGAAGAAUUCGUGCCAGUUGUUUUAGGUCCUAGUGAAGCAAAGACAUACAAGAAGGUACACCGUGAGGCAGCUGAACAAUUUGGUCUUGUCAAAACUCACAACCUCAACGUCAUGAGUGAAUACUUCAGGAUAAUGGCUCUCUUGCAACCCUUGAGGCGCAUGUGCAGUGGGGGCCAGUUGACGUCUCAGGAGCUUGCCAUCGGUGGCGUCUUCUCCUGGUUGACAGCACAUCCACAAGUACUGGCAAGCACAGAGCCGGUGGCCCCGGAUGGGACCGAGUGUCCCAUAUGCCUGGAUGAGGUGCAGCGGCCUGCAAAAACGCCGUGCCAGCACUGGUUCUGCCGCGACUGCAUUGACAACAUGCUGGCAGCCAUGGAGCUGCAUGCAUCAGGCUCUGGGCCAUUUGUGCCAAAGUGCCCCUCAUGCUGCCAGCCAUUCGCAAGAGGCCAACUGGUGGAUGGCAAACUCCACAGUGACAUCGUGCAGGAGGCCAGAUUGAAACAGGAGGCAGAGACUCCCACCGAUGCCUCAGGGGAGGUCUUUGCAUUCACCAGCAAGCUCGAUGCAGUUGUUUCCGAGCUAAAGAACAUGGUCAAGACCUGCUCGUCCCCCAAGUGUCUCAUAUUCAGCCAGUACACCGCCACGCUCAACGCCCUGACAGGCCCCCUCAGUGCCGCUGGCUUUGCCUACCGCACCAUCACGGGCUCGAUGCCAAUGAAGCGGCGCAAGGAGGCCAUCGCCGCCUUCCAAAAGGACCCGCCCACCACAGUCUUCCUGCUAUCCAUGAGGAGUGGCGGCAUGGGCAUCAACCUGACAGCUGCAUCCCAUGUCUUCAUUUUGGAGCCGCCCCUGAACCCUGCCUUGCAGGAGCAAGCCAUCGGAAGGGCCUGGCGCAUGGGGCAGCAGCGGCAGGUCACAGUGAAGAAGUUCUUUGUCAAGGGUUCCAUUGAAGAGAACAUUAUAAAGGUCGUGAAGGAGAAGGGGAUGAUGGGCGAACAACAAGAGAACACAAAAGCCUCUAAGCAUGCGGGAAAGCACGUUGUUGCUGGGUCGCUGAAGUCGGACAGGGCUGACAUGCGACUGGCGGAGUUCGAGACCCUGUUUGCAAAACCAGCUUUCUAG